CGUCAACAUAACCGGCUAACAGUCAUCGUACAACGAUGAAGGUUUUCAUCAGUAUCGUCCUCUUGGCUACCGUGGUCCUCGCUGAGCCACCGAGAUACCGUCAGCAACAGAGACAAUAUUACUUUGCUCAGCAACGGGAAGAGACCGCUCCUUAUUUCGCGUCUGGCUGGAAACCAGCGGGAGCCGCUUUUGAUCUUCCUCAAAGACAACUUCAGCAAAAUGAAGCAUCAAACGCGCCUCAACAACAAUAUGGAACACCAAAUGCACCUCAGCAACAAUAUGGAGCACCAAUCGUGCCUCAGCAACAGUAUGGAGCAUCAAAUGUACCUCAGCAACAAUAUGGAGCACCAAGCGCGCCUCAGCAAUAUUAUGGAGCACCAAGUGCGCCUCAGGAACAGUAUGGGACAUCAAAUAUACCUCAACAACAAUACGGAGCACCAAGCACACCUCAGCAACAAUAUGCAGCAUCAAGCGUGCCUCAGCAACAAUAUGGAGCACCAAAUGCACCUCGUCAACAAUAUGGAGCACCAUUAAGUCCUCAACAAGGAGAACCGGAAGAAUCGACAACGACUGAGACUCCUAAUACCACCGAAGAGGAAGAAGUAUCUACUGUUCAAGGCAUCACCGAAUCUGAGUCCGAGCCCGUGAAUUCAGUAAACGAGCUCGAAGACGAGGAUGUUGAUGAGAAGCAACCUCAGCAAUCAGGAGAGUACUACGUGGCACUUCCCGACGGUCGUCUUCAGCGCGUGCGGUACAUCAGCCGUCAGAAUGUCGAGGCCAUGAAGUACUUCGCCAAGAUUCGCGCCGAGAACGUGGAGCCUCUUCGUGGUCCGAUUUACGCGUAUGCACCUUUGCAGAAGUUGCAGAUCGUGCCAGCUAGUUUGGAAUUGUCCGUUGCCCCGGUCGCUCCAGUUGCCGCGAUUGCAUCCACAGAAGCCAAGCCACAGAAACUUGAGAUUGAGCCCGUGGCCGCGCAAGUGCAAUACCAAUACGACAACCCCUCGCGUAUGGUGCCUCUGGCCAAUCCUUUGAGUACCACCUAUACCGCCUACACAGCGAACUAUCAGACACCGGCAGCGGAUUCUAGAUUCCUCCUUACCAUCCAGUGAAUCAAACAAAACCCGAUACUACGAUGUGACGAUCUUUCUUGUAAAUUGCAUUGUACAUGUUGCAUAGAUUAGUGUGUACUGACAAUUAGGCUAAGCUGUUGACGCAAUAAAAUUGAUAGUA